UUAAAAGUUAUGCAUGGUCAUUUACCUAAUCGAGUAUGGCUUCCAUGGGAUUCCAAUACACCUAUGGUGUUCUGGUUUAUAUCUAUUCAACAAAUCAUAAAUACACUUUUCGCCUGUUACAUAGAUGUCGGCAUGGAUACUCUAAUCUUCGGAUUGUUUUUGCAAACGUGUGCCCAGCUUGAAAUUUUCGAGAAUCGUCUUCACAAAUUAAUAAUUAAUGAAACAGUUAGAGAUCUGGGACGUAAACUUUCGAUGUCAAAUAAGGACGAAGUGGAGAUAUCGGAAAUCGUACGUCAUCAUCUCAUCAUUUACAAAUACGCUAAAACGGUGAACAUUAUAUACAACCAAGUAAUCUUCUUUCAAUUCUUUGAAAGCAUAUUGGUAUUAUGUACAUGCAUUUAUUACUUGACAAAGUAUAUUAAUGAACUGUCUGCAUUUGCGCCUUUUGUGGGAUAUACCAUUUGCAUGUUUCUACAAAUCUACCUUUAUUGUUGGUCUGCAAACGAAGUCAUUCUUAAGAGUACAAGUGUAGGAGACGCUAUAUAUUGCACGGACUGGCCAUUACUACCAGUUAACGAACAAAAGGACUUGCUGUUAAUCAUGAUGCGAACCACAAUUCCUAUAACGUUCACAAGCAGCUUUUUGAUAACCCUUUCUCUUGAAUCUUACGGCAGUAUCUUGAAAGCGUCAUACUCGGCAUUUAAUGUACUUACACAGUAAAGUAUAAAUAACCAAACGUGUAAUUGGAGAUAAUGAUUAUGUAGGUUUUUUCAUAAAUUAGUUAAUAAAUCCGAAAGUUUCUGCUCAGAUAUUUAUUUCAAUAUUACUCUGUAUUACGAGUCCAGGAAUAAUGGCGUCAAUCAAUGCAA